AUGGGUUUGACGAAACAGUAUUUGGCCUUUCGGCCCGUGGACAGUUUCAACAUCAUUACCAGUGGUAGGGCCAAUGUGAAUUUUGUUAUUUACAAUAGAACUGAAGGACGAUAUGCGCUGGCUGCAGCUGCUGAGAAUGUAAUUGUUUGGGAUUUGCGAUUGGGCGAACGGACUUUGACGUUGCGCCGUGACAAACAGGAGGUAACAGCAGUUCGAGCCUCUCCCGAUCGCAUACACGUUGCUGUGGGUUAUAUUGAUGGGGUGGUAGAACUAUUUGAUUUGCGGGCUCCAGAGCAGUCCGCAUGUACAUUCGCUUUACAUAAGAGUGCAGUGUCUAUUUUGCGAUUCGACGAAAUGGGCAUUCGAUUGAUAAGCGGCAGCCUUGAUACGGAAUUGGUAGUUGUGGAUAUUGUAGAACAGGCUGGUCGUCAGCGUCUCAUAGGCCACAAUGCCCCAAUAACUGAUGCUCACUUUCUUCAUCGUUUUGGAGAGCAAAAUCUUGUGGUCAGCUGUUCGAAGGACACACAAAUAAAAUUCUGGAAUUUGGAAACCCAGUUCUGUUUCAAAACAAUUGUUGAUAAUCGUACUGAGGUCUGGGCAUUAGCUUUAGUAGGCGAUCUUAUGAUCGCAGGUUGUAGCGAAAGCGCCAUGAACGUUUAUCGUUUACGUCGACGUGAUGACCCAACUCAAAGUGUUGAAAAUGCCGUUGAAGGAUUGAGCAUAGACGAUGAAGAUUCUAUUAGCCCUAUAACGGUUACUAAUUGUGGCGCUAUACAACGAGCAGGAAAGGGACGUUGUGUAAAUUUAGUCUCAGAUCAGGCUGAGCGUGUGGUCAGUUGUCAUGGCACAAAUGACCUUAUCGAAAAUUUUUACUUCUGCACUGAGGAGGAAGCUAAAGCGAGGCUAGCUAAGCGUCUGAAAAAAGGACGCAAAGCUGCCGAGCCAAUGGAACACAGUGACAAAGAAAAAGAAGAUUUGAUUUCAAAAAGUUUAAGCCUCAGUGACGAGAUAAAGCGAUUGGAAAGCAUAAAAGUAAAACAAAAAAUAAAAUCAAUCGACAUAAUACUUGGUGCUCACAAUGAACUGCGUGUGCUCGUUAGUUUGGCAAAUAACUGCCUACAACUAUAUGGUCUUAAUGCUUCGCUAAAACAUAAACACAAUGAAGAAAGUGUGAAGCAGUUGCGCGCAUUGACGCGUCUUGGUCAUCAAUCAGAGAUGCGUUCUGUAUGCUUUAGUAACGAUUCAUUAGCUAUUGGCUCAGGUGCCGGUGAGUCGUUCAAAUUUUGGAACCGUGAUUCUAUGCAGUGCCUGCGUACUAUACCUACCGAUUACAUAUUGAGCACCACUUUCGUGCCAGGGGAUCGCUAUGCGUUAUUGGGUAUGAAAAACGGAAAGUUGGUGAUAGUUGACGUGGGUGCAGCGGAUAUUAUCGAGGAGAUACCAGCGCAUGAAAGCGAGUUAUGGUCGGUUACGCUACUGCCAGAUAUGAAAGGCUGUGUGACGGGUAGUAGUGAUUCGACGGUCAAAAUAUGGACUUUUGAAUUGGUAGACAAUGUGGCCACAGAUGACGGUGGUUUAGUUGAUGCCACGCGACCAAAAGUGCUCUCAUUACUGCACAGAAAUACACUCAAAUUGGAGGAGACUGUUUUGUGUGUACGAGUUUCGCCUGAUAUGAAAUAUCUCGCAGUGGGCUUACUCGAUUCAACAGUAAAAAUUUUUUUUCUUGACACUUUUAAGUUUUAUUUGUCGCUCUAUGGGCAUAAGUUGCCAGUUCUAUGUCUAGAUAUCAGUUAUGAUUCGACAUUGAUAGCCACUGGCUCAGCUGAUCGUAAUAUAAAAAUUUGGGGAUUGGAUUUCGGUGACUGCCACAGAUCCCUCUUUGCGCACGACGACUCAGUAAUGGCUCUGCAGUUCAUACCCAAUACUCAUUUGCUGUUCAGUUGCGGUAAAGAUGGUAAAGUGAAGCAAUGGGAUGCAGACUCAUUCGAAAAGAUUUUGACGCUUCCAGGCCAUAUUGGCGAGGCCUUCAGUUUGGCGGUUAGCCCAAAUGGUAAAUAUCUUGUCACUUGUGGCUCAGACCGCACACUUCGUCUUUUCGAGCGCACUGAUGAACCGAUAGUGUUAAAAGACGUACAAGAAGAAGAGCGUGAAGAGCUGGAAAAUCAACAACUCGCUACGGGCGAAGAUAGUGCGGUACCUCAACUACCUGGCCUAAAGUUACCCUCGCGCAAAACUGUUGGCUCCGAGAAAGCUGCAGAGUCCAUAUUGGAGUGUCUGGAGAUUUGUAAGCAAUUUGAUGUAGACGCAGAUGAGAAACCCGAGUUGCAUCCAUUAAUGCGCGCGCUGCAAGUCGAUAACCCCGACGAUUUUGUCUUCACAACCCUAGCGCGUAUACGCGCCUCUGAUUUGGAAGAAGCACUCUUAUUGCUGCCUUUUUCGAAUGUCUGCGAACUUCUCGAACGGCUUCCACGCCUAAUUGAAUGUCACAGUGACCAGAUUGAAUUAUUGUGCAAAGUAACGAUUUUCCUAUUCAAAGUGCAUAUGAAGCCAAUUAGUGCAGCAAAAAAUUUGAAGCUUCUACUUAGUGGUUUGGUACGUUCGCUUCAGCGCGACGUUAAGGAUAUGCGUGACACAAUUGGUAUGAAUGUGCAUGGGUUGGCCUUGCUACAAAGCAAGAUUGAGGAACACGACGGCAUCCAGUUGUUCUAUGAGGCAACGCAGGAACGUAAAAAGCGCGACAAGAAACGACGAGAGACGACAAAGCGUCGCUUAGCCAUACAAAUAACGUAAACAUUGUUUUUUAUUAUUGCUCGAUGUUAAUGUGGUUGGCUUGCGAAACUAUUCAAAUUUUAUUGGUUUUAUAGAAUAUACUUAUUAUGUGGUAAAUAUAGGAUAAUGAAAGAAUUGUUAUAA